AUGGCUUGCAUGGUUCCAGAGUUUGCGUGGAAGCAGUUCCCGUUGGUGGGGGAACGUCAGGCGAAUCGUCGGCAUUGGUGCAAGGUGUGUGGGCGCUCCUACUGCAGAAAGUCGAACCUCUCGCGGCACUUGCGCGUGGAGUGCGGCAAGGAGGCGACGCUCUGCUGCCCUUGCUGUCGGUGCAAGUUCAAGCACAAGCACCACUUGCUGCGGCACCUGUGCUUGUGCCACGGUGUGUUCUGGAAAGGAUUGUGGAAAACUCGUCAAAGCAUGCGAUCGGCACGGCCGACCUUCGGCAGAGGUUCAGCCGCGAGCGCAGGCCUCCGGCCCGUCGGCGAGGAGGGGCACCAUGCCGUGCUCCCGGGGCUGCAGAAGAGGCACGUGUGCAAGCAGUGCGGACGCACGUACGCGUGGCAGCAGACGCUGCGUCGACACCUGCGGCUGGAGUGCGGCAAGGUGGCCAGCCUGGAGUGCCCGCUGUGUGGCAGCCGCACCACCCACAAGCACAGUCUCCGGCGACACAUGAACCUGGUGCACCCUGGCCACCGGGACUGCUCGCACUAG